UGAGGAGGGAGGAAGAGGAGGAAGAGGAGGAGGAGGCAGAGAUAAAGAUGUCAGAGACGGUGGGGGAAGAAGCUGUGAAUGUGAAUGGUGCAAAAUGCGGAAGUUUGGAGGACGCAGUAAUGGAUACAAAAGUGGGUACGAGAGAGAGGUUAUGAAUGGUGUCGCGAAGGACUGUGGGAAGAAUUGGAGUAGUGCGUUCCUCUGCCAUCAGAAACAUUAAUGAAGCCCAGCUGCCCUAUCAACCCCCUCCCCUCUCCUCCCGCCCUCGUCUCCCCCUCUUCUUCAUCACUCUCCUCCUCGAUCAGGCUCUCAUUGCAGCAGCAGCAGCGGCAUCUGCGUGGUCUGCAGAUUGCUGCUUCAGUCCACAUUCAGCUGGCUGCAAGGUGGGAGGAAGAGUGCCGCUCGUUAUCACCGUGUUUUUUUUAUUCUUCGACGUGGGAGAGUGGACUCUUCGCGUCUCACUGUGGCGUUCAUGCCAAUACUUGUGGGUUGAUCUCGACAGUACUGCUACGAGGUUGUAUUCAUCUGUGACCUCGGCUACUGAGGUGAGAAAGAAAGGCAAGCAUGAAAGGCCAGCUGAUAGUCUUGCUCAUUGGAGUGGUAAUGGCGGUGGCAUUGAGCGGCACUUGUGUAGAAGCGCAGGGGAAGAAGCCCCCGGCGACCUUCAUCCUGGGAGACUCUUUGGUGGACGUAGGCAACAACAACUACAUCUUCACAUUGGCCGCCGCUAAUCACAAGCCAUACGGCAUUGACAGGGCGGACAAAGUCGCCACAGGCAGAUUUUGCAACGGAAAAAUCAUCCCCGAUCUUGUCAAUGAUUACCUGGGGACUCCAUAUCCUCUUCCAGUGCUCGCUCCUGAAGCGGCUGGAACUAAUCUUCUCAAUGGUGUCAACUACGCGUCGGCUGGUGCCGGCAUCCUUGAAGAAACAGGCUCAAUUUUUAUCGGGCGUGUUACCAUGUCGCAGCAGUUUGGCUACUUCCAGAAAACGAAGGAGCAGAUUCAGGGGCUUAUUGGACAACCAGCAGCCACGCAGCUUAUCAACAACGCCGUUUACGCUUUCACAGUAGGAGGGAACGACUACAUCAACAACUACAUGGCAGUCACCACCAGCACCAAACGGAGAUACACACCUCCACAGUACCAAGAUCUACUUAUCAACACUUACAGAGGCCAGCUCAAAACUGCUUACGGCUUAGGAAUGAGGAAGUUCAUCAUCUCCAACAUGGGUCCCAUCGGCUGCGCGCCUUCCGUUCUCUCUUCGAAGAGCCAGGCGGGAGAGUGCGUCACGGAGGUGAACAACUACGCCCUAGGUUUCAAUGCCGCCUUGAAACCCAUGCUGGAGAGCCUGCAAGCCGAGCUUCCGGGGUCCAUUUUCCUCUACGCCAACGCUUUCGACAUUGUGAGGGGCAUCGUCGCAGACCCGUUGAAGUUUGGAUUCACAGACCCAGUGACCACAGCCUGCUGUGGAGUGGGGAAAUACAAUGGGAUUGACGGGGCGUGCCGCACCAUCGGCAAUCUCUGCGCGGACAGGUCGAAGUCUGUGUUCUGGGAUGCUUUCCACCCCACCGAGAAGGUCAACAGGAUCUGCAACGAAAAGUUCCUCCAUGGCGGCACCGACGCCAUUAGCCCUAUGAACUUGGCCACAUUGCUGGCCAUGUGAAUGUCUCCGCCAAAUUACAUACAAGCUAGGUCCUAGUCAUAGAGUUUUCAUUAUAGAUAAAGAUUAAGAGAUCCUCAAUAGUGCAUUCAACUAUUUGCUUCUUUCUGGAGGGUAUGAUCAAGUUGUGCUCAUCCACCAAUUUAUUUUUGACAAUAAUCUUCGUCCCUGCUUUUCCAAUUUAGAUUGGGAAAACGCUCUAGGAUGAGCGUACAAGUAUCAAUCCAAGUGUGAAUGUUAAAUUCGGUACCGACUUGUACUGAAAUGUGUGGGGAAACAGACAAUGUUGUAUACGAUUUAUGAUGGACACUGUGUCCAUCCAUUUACUGAUACACCAACCCAUACUGCGAUUA